GAUAGAGUCAGAAACAAAGGGCAAGGCUCGAUAAUACUGCUAAGCGGAACCCUAGGGGCUGGAAAGAAAUCAACAGCCGAAGCCAUUGGAGAAUGUUAUCACCGGCUGAUACAAGCUGCGAGCCGGCGACCUCGACACAGAUCUAAAGUCAUUUGA